GUCUAGCUUUCUCUCUCUCUCUCUCUCUCUCUCUCUCUCUCUCUCUCUAUAUUUCAUCUACCUUUUUUUUCGUACAUACAUACAUAUAUACAUUCUUGCAAAGGCUCAGGCUUUAGAGUUAUAGAUGCUCUAUAGCUUCUGAUUUUUUUGUCUUAGGCUUAGUGGGGUUUGGUGUGUGUGAUUGUCUCUUUCUUUCAGAUAAUCAAAAGCAAAAAUGGUUAUUACUGAUGAGAACAAUCCUACUUUGAACAAACCCACAAAUUUUCAAGUAGGAGGAGGGUUAGAGAUGGGUAAUAGAAAGUUCGGGCAGGAGAUUAGGCACAACAGGAGGGCUUUAAGCGUCAUUAAUCAGAGUUUAGUGAGCAAUCAAGCAUACCCCAUUGUUAAUAAGAGAGGCUUGUCAGAAAAACACCAAUUCUUUGAAAAGAAACAGGCUGAUCCAGUGCACCGACCAAUUACGAGGAAAUUUGCUGCACAAAUUGCAAACACACAGCCACCUUGUCCCCAGGAAAUUAAGAAGGCAAACCCAUCAGCGUCAAACUCAAAUGGAUUUGGAGAUUUCAUCUUUAUAGAUGAGGAACACAAGGCCCCUAAAGAAGACCACCCAGUGCCCAUGUUUUUAGAACAACCAGAAGCAAUGCCUAGUGAAACUGAUGAGAUGGAGGAAGUUGAAAUGGAGGAUAUAGUCGAAGAGCCCGUCAUGGAUAUUGAUAGCUGUGAUGCAAAGAAUCCACUAGCAGUUGUUGACUACAUUGAAGAUCUCUAUGCCUACUACAGAAAAAUGGAGUGUUUUAGCUGUGUUUCACCAGACUAUAUGGCACAACAAUUUGACAUUAACGAGAGGAUGAGAGCUAUACUGAUUGACUGGCUUAUUGAGGUCCAUGAUAAGUUUGAACUCAUGAAGGAGACACUGUUCCUUACGGUUAAUAUAAUAGACAGAUUUUUAUCCAAGCAAUCAGUAGUAAGAAAGAAACUUCAGUUGGUUGGCUUGGUUGCCAUGCUCUUAGCAUGCAAGUAUGAGGAGGUUUCUGUUCCUGUAGUUGGGGAUUUGAUUCUUAUAUCAGAUAAAGCGUACACAAGGAAGGAGGUUCUGGAAAUGGCAUUCAAGGAGGCACAAAAAGUACUCAAAAUCAAGCCUCUUAUUUGGUCUGGGAAAUCUGAAAAACACACAAAGAUUCCAUCUUUUCACGAUGUGGAGCAAAACCCAGAUGCCAAAUUCUUGCAUAUUUGUGCAAAUGAAACCAUUUAUGGUGUGGAAUACAAGGACUACCCAAGUCCUAAAAAUGGUAUCUUGGUGGCUGAUAUGUCUUCAAAUUUCUAUUCCAAGCCCGUAGUUGUGUCUAAGUUUGGUUUCAUAUAUGGUGGAGCCCAGCCAUCUGGAGUCACCAUUGUGAUCAUCAAGAAAGAUCUGAUUGGGAAUGAUGGGAUUUACAUGUGUGUUUUGGCGUUUGAGGAUUUGUUGGAUCAAGAAGGGUUGAUUGAGGUGGAGAAGAAGAACAAGAAGAAAGCUGAGAUUCUGUACAAUGCUUACGAUGGGAGCAAUGGGUUCUAUAGGUGCCCUGUGGAGAAGUCUGUGAGGUCAUUCAUGAAUGUGCCUUUCACUUUGGAGAAGUCAGGGUUGGAGGCUGAGUUUAUUAAGGAAGCAGCUAAGGAGAAUAUGGUUCAGCUCAAGCGGCAUAAGUCGGUUGGGGGUAUGUGUGCUUCUAUAUACAAUGCUAUGCCAUUGGCUGCAGUUGAGAAAUUGGUUGCUUUCAUGAAGGAUUUCGAGGCAAGUUUCAUCUUUACAGUCAUCUAUGGUGGAUUGAAGGCUCAAAAUGAAGCAUCUUCUGGGCAGGCUGUACAAAAAGAAUUGGAUGAGCUCAAAUUAUGAUAUGAAAGGUUGAAGCUACCUUGUAUCUUCUUGUUUUUGGGCUUGGAUUAAUUUUCAGUAUAUUUAUAUUGUUGUUCUUGUGUUAAUUGGAUACAUAGCUUGUAGGAAGAUCGUUCUAGGUUGCAUGAUCUUGCAGAUCGAAUGAUUGAGGAGUAGGACAAAGAAAUCUCUAACUUCUUGAUGACAAUAAGGAUCUUCAUCAAUCUUUGGAAUCAAAACCACCUGUCCGUUUCCUUCUUUUGUCUUCUUAAAUAUUUGUUAAAUUUCACCUGAUACUUAACACUUUCCCAUGACUUAGAUUUAAAUAUUCUAAUACUUGGCCUGGCAAUGAUUAAUAAUCUCAGGUUGAUCACAAUGGAAAUCACUACACAGGUAUAAAGCCAUUCCUGUUACCACUUGUCAGCACCUGUAUUAGUUAAAUUUAAGUUGAAAGCUUUUCUCAAUCUAUAAAAGAUCAAACCCUUAGGGUAGUUGGUGAGGUCUUAACAUAUCCUUUUUCUCUAACUGGAAUUAUCAGCCAUGCAAAAGCAGGAUGCACAGAAUUUAAGUUCUUCUGCAGCAGAACAGUAGAUUCUGGUAUAAACAUUUCUCUCAAAAAAUUGGUUCUCAUUUAAACUGUACUUUGUUGAGUCUCCCAAUGCAUUUAUUAUUACAGUUUAGCAGGUAGCCAAUUAUAUCAUUGAGCUGCAAAUUUCAACCAGCUCUGAUGGAAAAAUUUUAGUGCCUGAUUAAGUGAGCUCUAUUCAUAAAAACCCACAUAAACUAGAAAUAUUUAUUUUGGCACCAGUUUGUAUUUCUAAUCACAUGUUCUUUGAUUUUUCCCCCAAAACUUUAUUGCUUGUACCUAGGCUUUAUAUAUCUUGAUGAACUUUUGUAUUCAUUUGUUAAUUGAAGUUUUUGUGGAUAAUGUUCAAGUAGUCGAUGUUUAUGCUUUUGAAUAAUGAUCAAUAUCACAAUAGCCUUUAUUUUCAUAAAAAUUGUUCCAGUAUAGCUUUUAAAAAAAAAAGUGUUUUCCAUGUGCCUCAAAAUCAAGUACUACUCAAAUUAUAAGUCUUUGGGUGCAAUUUUGCCUGCUUUCUUAUUUAUUCGGAAGUAGGGGAUAAUGAGUGCAGGAAGCCAUGCUGAAGGCUGAGCUUUGCAACAUGGAAAGAAUGCAAAAGAGGGAAGGAUAGAUAUGGCAUAUUUGAAAUUUUUUUCUGAAAGCUUCUUGAAACAGGUAUCUCUACUGAAGAUUAGCUGUUGAUGAAAUGGAAGUACAGGACUAUUACAUGUCUAUGAAUAUAUGUAGGGAAGUUUUUUUUUAUAAAAAAAGUAUUUUCCAUGUGUCUCAAAACCAAGUACUACUCAUAUUAUAAGUCUUUGUGUACAAUUUUGCCUUCUUUCUUUUUUAUUCGGAAGUGGGGGAAGGGGAGUAGAGCAUCUCAUUAGUUUAUAAUAGAAAUUUGAACAUAAUGAGUGCAGGAAGCUAUGCUGAAGGCUGAGCUUCUCAACAUGGAAAGAAUGUAGAAGAGGGAAGGGUAGAUAUGACGUAUUUGAAAAUUUUUAUCUUAAAGCUUCUUGAACAGGUAUCUCUACUGAAGAUUAGCUGUUGUUGAAAUGGAAGUACAGGAUUAUUACAUGUCUAUGAAUAUAUGUAGGGAAGUAUUUAAAAAAAAAAGUGUUUUCCAUAUGCCUCAAAACCAAGUACUACUCAUAUUAUAAGUCUUUUUGUGCAAUUUUGCCUUCUUUCUUCUUUAUUUGGAAGUGGGGGGAGGGGAGCAGAGCUUCUCAUUAGUUUAUAAUAUAAAUUUGAACAUAAUGAGUGCAGGAAGCCAUGCUGAAGUCUGAGCUUCACAACA